AUGGGCAACGCUCCAAGCCAUCAGGGCGGGUCUCCACCGUUCGAGGCUGCGGGAUCUGCGCCCCCGCCACCACCCGCGUCGUACAAGGACAAGGAGCCGACCAAGCCCGCGUCUCCCCCACCUCCCACGACGCCGCUCCUGAUGCCUUACGGUGGACACCUGAGUCCCCAGAACCCACACGCGCUCGGCCUGCCGCAAGCACACGAUUACAGCAAGACGAUAGUGACGGCGCUCAUUCUUGACCAACGACUCGCGCCGUUCUACCGCGGCCUUGACGAUUAUGAGGAGGACUGGUCCGAGGCCCAAGUGGCACACGAACUUGAGGAGACGCGCGAGAAGGACUUUGCUGAGCAGGUCGAGAACUCUUCAACGGCGCAGCUGCGUGAAGAGCGUGAGACGAUCGCGCGCGGCCGCCGACUCUCGCACGAGGCGGAGCGCGCUGAGCGUCAGCGUCGCGAGGAGAAGGCCUACCUCGGCGCAAUCGAGUGCCCCAUCUGCUUCCUGUAUUACCCGCCGAAUAUCAACACCUCCCGGUGUUGCCAGCAGCCGCUGUGCACCGAAUGCUUUGUGCAGAUGAAGCGUGCCGAGGCUACCACCACACACUUGGAGAGCGAACCCGCAAGCUGUCCAUUCUGUGUUGAGACUGACUUUGGCGUCAUCUACGAGAGGCCAACUGCAGCGCUGCCGACGCCCAGCGGCAUCCUCAGCCCUGGCGGCACGGCCAGCCCCGCUCCUCUUUCCGCCUUGGCCACUUCCCCUGACGGCGGCGCGAGCGAGUUCAGCACUGCCCUGUCUGAUCGCCCCCUCUCGCCUGGGUCGUCAGACCUUGCGGCUCUCCGUGAAGAAGGCAAGCGGCGCAAGAGCGUGAGCUGCAAGGCCAAGGAGGUGGUUACGAUCGACGCAAUACGGCCCGAUUGGGAGGCAAAGCUCAACGCCGUCAAGGCACAAGCAGCGCGUCGUGCUGCGCGGCGCAUCGUCAUGCGCCAGGUCGGCGAUCGUCUGAUUCCAAUCGGGUAUACGUCGUCGCGGGCGACGGGCCAGGCCGACUUUUCUAUGUCCAUUCCACCCGAGGAGAGCGGGUCGCGGCGGUCGCGUCGUACGCGCGAGCGCGAGCGCGAGAUGGAGGAGAUGAUGAUCAUGGAGGCCAUGCGGCUCUCGCUUCUCGACCAGGAGGAGUACCAGCGCAAACAUGCGCACGAUAUUCAGCCCGGGCAGACCGCCGCAGGUCCAUCAGCCGGGCCAUCGACGGACAACGGCAGCAGUAACGGCAGGGGCCCGAGCGGAACCAGCUCGCCGACACCGAGCACGAGCUCGCGCCGAUCGUCGCGGGCAGCCGACACCCUUUCCAGCUGGCGGCAGAACGAGGGCGGGCGCGCGGCGAAGCUUCUCUCCAAGAUCACGGUUAACCGGAGUAGGGCCAACUCGAAGUCGAGCGUGCAUUUCGCCCCUUCGCCCCCGACGUUCGGUUCUGCGUCGCCAAGCGGGAACCGCGCGCGCUCGUCGUCCACUCCCAGCCCAGCUCCAGGCCUGCACUCGGAACACACUCCGUCACCGCUCAGCAACGCCGUGACGCGCCGCUCCCUCGACGUGCCAGCAACUGGACGGGGAGCCGCGUUGGCGCUCCAGGCCGCACUUGGACCGGCGGAGCCCGCCAUUGCCGAAGUGGCGACACCCAUGACCGAGACUGAUCACGACCCGUUAACGCGCGAGCUCGCUGCCGCGACGGACGACGGCCCUGCGUCUCUGCUGACCGACUCCCCUGGACAGAUGGACGCGGAAGUCGUCCCAACGCCACCCGCGAUACCCGUUGUCGUCGAACCGCCGAUCGACUCACCCGUGACCGAGCUUGCGGCGCCCACUCCGAUCGAAGCGCCGGUAGGCCAGGACCUCCUGUCGUUUGGGAACCUGGGACCCGACUCUGAAGCGACGCCCCGCGACUCUCCCCUGAGCGACACGACGCCGGCCGCCAGCCCGUCCGGCCAGGCUGCGGCACUGCCCGACCCGCCCGCGACGGGUAAGGCACUCGCUGCACCCAUUGACGUUCCCAAGACCUCCGGUCCCGACACGGACAAGGGUCCCGAGACGCCUGCCAAGACCGAGCUGACCAAGGUCACGCCCAAGUCGCCCACACUGAGCCCGUUCAAGCCAGCCCCGUGCCGCACCGACACGAGCACGAGCCUCGUGAGCGUCGACGCUGCGAGCUUCAUCAGCCGCUCGAGCCUGGGCGACGACGAGGUCAUCCGGCGUCCCAGCGGCCCACUUGCUGCACGUGCCGACGACUAA